UGGAUGUUAUGUACCAAGUCUAUGGUCCUCCGCAGCCCUACUUCGCAGCCGCCUACACCCCCUACCACCAGACUGCGUCUGUUUUAACCAUUUUCCUUCCAUUUCCUCAGCUGAGGUAGCAGAAACUGAGGACAGUAGUCCAGGAAAAGAACGAAAGCAUACACUUGGGGGCCGCAGGGGUCCCCUCCAGGUUGGAAAAUGAGAGCUUGGUCAUCUGCUUUGGGAAAAUUGAAAUACACCCCAACACCCCAGUGGAUGCUUUUGCUAAUUUUCUCUGCAAAUUUAGAAUGUCUAUUCGGAAAUUUCCUGAUGAAUUAAUGAUGGACUGGAAACUAGCCUAUUACUCCAAAAUGCAGGAAGCCCAGGAGUGCAAUGCCAGCCCCAGCAGCAGUGGCAGCGGCAGCUCCUCGUUUUCCAGCCAAACCCCAGCCAGUAUAAAAGAGGAAGAAGGCAGCCCAGAGAAAGAGCGCCCACCAGAGGCAGAGUACAUCAACUCCCGCUGCGUCCUCUUCACUUAUUUCCAGGGGGACAUCAGCUCCGUGGUGGAUGAACAUUUCAGCAGGGCCCUGAGCCAACCCAGCAGCUACUCUCCCAGCUGUACCAGCAGCAAAGCACCAAGGAGCUCUGGGCCCUGGCGAGACUGCUCCUUCCCGAUGAGCCAGCGCAGCUUCCCCGCCUCCUUCUGGAACAGCGCGUACCAGGCGCCGGUGCCCGCGCCGCUGGGCAGCCCUCUGGCCACCGCACACUCGGAGCUGCCCUUCGCCGCCGCCGACCCCUACUCGCCCACCGCGCUGCAUGGUCACCUGCACCAGGGCGCCACCGAGCCCUGGCACCACGCGCAUCCGCACCACGCGCACCCGCAUCACCCCUACGCCCUGGGCGGCGCCCUCGGCGCCCAGGCCGCCGCCUACCCGCGCCCAGCCGCUGUGCACGAGGUCUACACACCGCACUUCGACCCGCGCUAUGGGCCGCUGCUGAUGCCCGCCGCCUCGGGGCGCCCGGCCCGCCUCGCACCAGCCCCGGCGCCCGCGCCCGGCAGUCCUCCCUGCGAGCUCUCCGGCAAGGGCGAGCCGGCUGGCGCCGCGUGGGCAGCGCCGGGGGGGCCUUUCUCUAGCCCCUCGGGGGACGUGGCCCAGGGUCUGGGCCUCAGCGUGGACUCAGGUUUGCAGCCUCAGGACAAAAGCAAGGAUGUGUACUGGUUUUAGACAGCCCACCUUCUUCCCUGUAGGUCUCUGCAUAGUGCAGUUGAUGCCACUCAGAGCUGAAAUGGAGUGGGUUUGUAACAGCUUCUGAUCUUGGUUUGCAGCUCGUCGUUAUUCCCUCUGUGGUGCAUCCCUCCUGAGCUGAUCUGCUGACCCAGGGUUUCCCCUUCCCCUUCCCUUCUGACCAGCCUUGGAGGCUCAGCAUCUGUGCCUCUCACUCCGUGGAUGAGGACAUAGGGGAAGGCAGAGACUUCAGACUUCUCACUGUAUUGGGAAAAUCAAAAACCACAACUGCAGAAAUUCAUCUAAAAAUAAUUCCUGCUGCUGAAAGAGCAAAUCCAAAGACUCUGAGUUACUUUUGACUUUUGGCCGAAUCACUGGAAAUAUCUGUGGUGAGAUGGCUUAGUCAGGUGAUAUGAUAUCAUAAGCUUUCCUGGAAAGGGGGGAAAGAAAAUGAAACUUUUUGGUGUGAAUAUUUUUUAUGCUGAUGUGAAUUAUUUUGUUAGGUAGUGUGAUUAUAGCACUACUAAUGUCAGAUUUUAAAAUGUAUGUGUACUUGCAUCUAAGACUGUGGUAGAGAAGUAAAAAGAAGUCUAUUCCUUCUUCCUCACCUCUCAGCCUCCAGAUCCCUUCCUGUCCAUCCUCUCCCUACAAUGCCUAUCCAAAUGCAAAGAUACACUUUUUUCCUUUGGACUGUGAACAUGGAAGCCUCAGCCUGAAUGUGAGUGGCAAGUGGCUUAUCUGGAGCCACCUGCCCAAGUCUUACUAAAAUGCAGCUGUUGUAAGACAACUGUUUAAAACUCCAGAAAUAUAUCAACCAAGGUGGCAUUUCUCAGUAUUUGGCAGAACAAUUGCAAUUGCACUGGAUAUAUUAUAUAUAUACAUAUAUAUAUGUAUAUAUAUCAUAUUUUUAUGAGGAACAUUUUACGAUGAAAGAAGAAACCCUUCUCUGCCUUCUCUCCCACAAAUUCUGUCCCUCUGUCCUCUGGAUGAAAAAAGCAAAGAGAGACCCGAACUGUCUCCAUGGAGAAGAACUGGGAACCACCACAAGCGGAAGAAAGUGCAUGAAGUCUCCAUUACCUCGAAUUUUUUUCUGAGUCUCUCUGAUUGUGAUUUAGUGUUGGGGCAGGGGAAAUGGUCUGUGCAUGGGCAAAGCUGAAGGUGAUAAGGAAGAAGAGAUGAACAUUAAAGAUGUCUGUUUACUAUGAA